AUGCAAGUCAGAAAUAUUCAGAACAUAGCACCGAGUCUAACUGACAAGAGUAUAAAGAUAUACUAUGAACACGUUAUGAUGAAACCAACCAAAAUUCAAGAAAGUCAGUAUACUUAUGAAUAUCCAAGGCACUGGGUAGAGUAUGUAGGAGGUGAGAAAGCUAUUGAAAUAAGACAGGUUCGAAGUAUUCCAGCAGGAAGGACAAUAUUAUUGAAGAACUUUAAUGUUUUGAGAUAUAAUGAUGAGACAAAGAAGCAAGAUAGUUUUCCUAUUGCUGUGUAUGUGAACCUAGACACAGGAGAUGACAUGAAAGUUUUUAACACAAAGCUUCAAACGGUAGUGAGAGAACAACUGACUGCGGAAGGACACCCAUUACCUUCAGAAGUUACCAUAGCGUAUAAUUUUGAAACAAAUGCAAUAGAUUUUAAAGUCAUCUCUGCAAAGAAGUCAGGUUUUACAUUUAAUGAAGCAGAUGUAUAUUCGAA